AUCCCCACCCAAAGUCGAUAUCAAGGGAAGUACAUAUAUUCUUCUCGAGUAUCUACCUGACUUCUGUUUGAUCAUCGUGCUCGAUCUGUUUUUCACUUCGAAACCUGGACAAAUCCAGCACGACUUUCGCCACGAUGACUUCCACCUGCGCAGAGCGUCUGUUUGCUAUCCUCGGCAACGCCGUAAUUUUCUUCUCGGCCUACCAAUUUGCCAAAAGAAAGGCAAAAGUCCAGUCGAGCGAUGACCACGCUGACAAGGCGAACCCCGUCAGCUCCGUCGGCCAGCCGGCUUUCUGGCAUAGGUUACUUUUCAAGACAAGCGAGCUCUUUCUCCUCCUUCUCAUCGGCAUGAUCUUAUGCGGCUUGGUUGGGAGAUGGUUCCUCUUGUUUCAAUCUUCCGAUACGGGACACGACGGGACUGUAGGGAUAUUCGACAUACUGUUAAUUCACGGCGCUUGGGCAGGCGGACUUUUGCUUUGUUAUAAAGUAAGCAUCAAUAUUUGGCCUGGGUCUUGCUUUUCCCAUGUUGAUCCUGCUCGUGGAUGGCCUGACAGAUCAUGGAGCCUGUCUUUCAUCUCCAUCUCCGUAUCAAAACGAAUCCGUACGGCGGACUCAUCCACCGGCCCCUCUGGCUUUUCAUUGCCUUUUACUCCUUACUAGUGAUGAGGUCUUGGUAUUCUGACCACCUGCUGCACAAGACCAAGCCCGAGGAGUGGCCUACCAGCGCGAUGCCCCUGGGGGACGCUAUUAUGGGUCUCCUGCUCGUCUUCACGCUCCCGAACUCGAUCAUCUUCCCCCGGACCAGAUCGUUCCAGUCGGCCUUCAACCGGACCUUAUCGACUGUAGUAAUCGCCUUGCCCGUAUGGAUCGCCCGC